AUGGCCGCCGGCUGCCCGGCGCCCUUCGGGGACCCGGGGGAGAUGCGGGAGGGCUUCCUGUGCCCCCUCUGCCUGAAGGACCUCCAGUCGUUCUACCAGCUGCAGGCGCACUACGAGGAGGAGCACUCGAGCGAGGACAGGGACGUCAAAGGGCAGAUCAAGAAUCUAGUCCAGAAGGCCAAAAGAGCAAAGAAGAAAUUGCUGAAGCGGGAAGGAGAUGACAGAACUGAUUCUGGAUCUCAGGAACGAUACGAGUCAUUCAGCUAUGGUGGAGUAGACCCAUACAUGUGGGAGCCCCAGGAAGUAGGUGCUAUGAGAAGCCAUCUUUCUGAUUUCAAGAAACACCGAGCAGCCAGGAUUGAUCACUAUGUAGUUGAAGUCAAUAAGUUAAUAAUCAGGUUAGAAAAGCUUACAUCGUUUGACAGAGCAAACACUGAGUCAGCUAAAAUAAGAGCUAUAGAGAAGUCUGUUGUGCCUUGGGUCAGUGAUCAGGAUGUUCCGUUCUGCCCAGACUGUGGCAAUAAGUUCAGUAUUCGGAACCGACGCCACCACUGCCGCCUCUGUGGGUCUAUUAUGUGCAAGAAGUGCAUGGAGCUUGUCAGUCUUCCUUUGGCAAGCAAACUUACUAGCGCCAGCAAAGAGGCCUUGGGCUCUCACACGAGCCCCAACUCCUCACCCAACAGUGUCCAUGGCUCCCGCCGUGGCAGCAUUAGCAGCAUAAGCAGCGUGAGCUCGGUUCUGGAUGAGAAGGACGACGACCGAAUCCGUUGCUGUCAGCACUGCAAAGAUACCCUGUUGAAAAGAGAACAGCAGAUUGAUGAGAAGGAAUACACUCCAGAGAUUGUGAAGCUCUACGAGAAACUCCGACUCUGCAUGGAGAAGGUUGACCAGAAGGCACCAGAAUACAUAAGGAUGGCAGAAUCACUAAAUGCUGGGGAGACAACCUACAAUCUUGAACAUGCUAAUGACUUGAGAGUGGAGAUUCAAAAAGUAUACGAAUUUAUAGAUGCCUUAAGUAAGAAGAUUUUGAGUCUGGGCUUGCAUGAAGAUCCCCAACCUCAUCCUAAAACACUACAACUUCAGAGGAUGAUCAGAUAUUCAGCUACACUUUUUGUUCAGGAAAAACUGCUUGGCCUAAUGUCGCUGCCAACCAAAGAUCAGUAUGAAGAACUGAAGAAGAGAAGACUGCAUAUGGUGGCUCUUGAAACACAUGGAAAACAAGAGGAAAAGCAGAAAGACUUUAUCUCCAGAUCUGCAGCCGCAGUUAAUGGUGAUGCAACUCCCCUGAAAAAAGGAAGAGUCAGGAAAUCUGAAGGCUGGUUACCUACAUCUAGCAUACCAAGAGAAAGUGAGAUAGCAGACCCUCUUCUUCAGCAGAUUGACAACAUCACGUCCUUUAUUAAGCAAGCAAAGGCAGCUAAUAGGAUAGACGAGGUCCAUAUGUUGCAAGAGAACCUGAGGCAGCUUCAGGAUGAAUAUGAUCAACAACAAACUCUGAAAGCGAUUGAGCUUUCUAAAAAACAGGCAGAAGAGGAAGAGAUGCAGAGGGAGGAACUUCAGAUCCUUCGUGAAAAAGAGUGGGAAAGAGAACAUCACAAAUUCAUGUCUCAGCAUUCAAGGACACGCUCCUUAGACUUCAGAGAAGUCAAGCAGCAUCAGCGUGAAGUUGCAAAAGAGAAUCAUAACUUGACAGCACAUACAUUGCAUUUGGAUAUUGCUCAGAUGAAAGGGGACCCAAAUUUUGAAACUGCUGCUGUUGAGCAGCUGCCAGCUAAAGAGCACUUGAUCUUCACACUCAAACCCCAGGAUGUCCCCCAGUGUGACAAAGACCAUGGUCAGACAGUCUGUCUAAACCCCUUUGAAGACGAGGCAGAUACCCCUCAGUUAGAGGAAGAUCCUACCAACCCAUUCACCAAAGACACUUCUCCAGUGGUUUCUUUCUCUAACACAGCUCUGCAAAGAGAUAAAAAAGAAUAUAAUCCAUUUGAAAUUGAGGAGGAGGAUGAACAAACUAAUGGAGCACCUGGCAGUACUUCAAACCCUUUUGAAGAGGGUGAAAAUCCAUUCCAAAAGCUGGGGGGCAGCUGGGAUUCUGGCAAUCCAUUUGAAGAGGGAUCUUCUACCAAUCCCUUUGAAGUGGAGGAUGGCAAUGAGAUCUCUGGAGAGGAGGCUAUAGAGGAGGAGCUGCUUCUCCAGCAGAUAGACAAUAUCAAAGCUUACAUAUUUGAUGCCAAACAUAGUGGACGAAUGGAUGAGGUGGAGGUACUGACAGAGAACUUAAAGGAAUUGAAGCGCACAUUAGCAAAGCAGAAGGAGAAAUCCAGCUGCUGAGGCAGCAACAGGGCUGUGUAAUAAUUAUUUCUGCUGUUAAAUAUGGGAAUGUAGAGCAGAUACUUAUAAGCAGGAAUACAGAUCACAAGAGGGAAUUGGGAGAAUCGUGACUUUUAUGCACUUUCAUUUAGGCAUUUCCACUACUACUCAGUCUUGAAGAGAGAAUUACUGAAGUAUGCUGCUGGUCUCAAACACUUAUACUAAGAAAUUUUAAAAUAACUUGUUACAAUACUUUUAAUGCUAACUGGUCUUACUGUGUGCUUAUUUUGGUCAAAGUGGUUAAGUGCUGGUAGGGAAUUAUGACUUGGAAAUGGCUGCAACGUGGGUUUGUCAUCUUUCCCCCUUUCUGUGGUAGUAUUGUAGUACUGGCCUUUCAAGUGGGGCUUUGACUAAAAGAGAUGAAAACUUCUGAAACUUCUGCAUCCUCUGGUAACAACAGUGUGGUGUUACAGGCUCUCUUAAUUGCCUAAUGGGGUUAUGAGAAGGUGCUGUUAAAGGUCACUGUGUUUCUCUGAGGUGCAGAAUAGACAGGCUUGUAGAUCAGUUUUGUGCAAUGCCAAUACAUGUAAGGGAUUUUAAGAUGGAGAACAACUUCGUAACUGAUCUUAAUAUGAGUAACUUUUUAAUGUGUUUAUAAAAAUUCCCAAGUAAAAUUUGGAUGCUGUUUUUUCAUCACUUUUAUUUUCCCAUUUUCUUUGGGCACAAACUACACUGUAAUAGAGUGCUAUGCUGGCUGCAGAGACCUGCUUGUGAGGGAACAAGUAUCUACUCAUUUCCAGAGAAUAGCAUCUGGCUAGCACUAUUUCAACUUGUAAUAUAAAGGGUGACCCUCCAAUUCCUAAUUAUCUUACAGAAUCUAUGCAUUUCUUUAAACUCUCUGGGUGACAGAAUGAUCAUGUUUGUCAUAUUUGUGAGACUGGAACCCUCUUUUUGUAGCAUUCAAGGAUCAAAAAUCUUGUUUACAGUGGAGAGCUGAAGUUCCACUGAACUGGAAUGCUGUGUAAGCUGGGAGACAAAGCCUGCAGCCAUGGCAGUGCCAGGUAGCAAUUCCCUUUCACAUUUGAUUCCCCUCAGAAGCCGUUAUGAGAAUAAGGCAUAUCUGUCUUAAAUUAGAACAUCCAACUGGAGUCCUCUUGAUCCCGUGGCCAGGGCACGGCCAGAGCCUGUGGCUGGGGUGGAGGGCUGUAGGCUGGGCUUGGGGGCUGCCUGAGACUGCACCAGGGCCAGGUCUGGUGGUGGGAGGUGGGGCCUGAGCUGCUCUUGUCUGAGAGGUGCAGGUCCACCGUCAGGCACUGGUGUUUGAGAGGGUGGUGGGGAGGAGUUAGUCUAAAUUUAUUUAAAGCUGAAAUAGAGGAAAAUCAGGCAGAUAACACUGUAUAGCACUAAUAAUAGUAGGCUUACUCAGAAAUGUACUUUUAUGGAAUGGGACCUGUCUUUUAACUAUGUCUCUGAUAAUAUAUAUUAGUAUAGCUGUAACCCAAGCAUUGCAUAAUGUUUUAGAGACACAAAUAAUUAUGCUACUUAAAGAGCAGGAAGUCUAGUUUUAUUGUGUGGUAAGUGGCAGAAGGGACUUGUGUAAGUGUUGAGAACCAAACCACCUAUAGCCUCACUUAAUAGUGUUAGUAACUGAUCAGAGUAACUUAGAGCAGCCAGUUAGGGACAGCUGAUGUUCUUACUUGUAGCUUAAAUCUGAAGUUGAAAGGUGUGCACAACAGAUUGUCUUGAGACCAUGAAGUUUUUAUACCGAGAUGUUUUACUAGAGUUGAGUCCCUGUGUGCUAUUUUUGUACCAAGUGAAAUGAAGAACAGGAUUCUGAAAAACCUGCACUCUGGCACCAAUUUAUGAAGGCAGCAAAAAAUAUUAAGAUAGGUAAACAUAAUCCCUGGAAUUGUUUAACAGCAAUAGUAUGAAGUAGUUAUUUAAGACAGUCUUGUCUGCUGGUCAAGAGGAUUGCUCCCUGAGGUACUGUAACACAAAGCGCUUUUUUUUUUUUGUAUCAACAUGAAAAAAAAUGUUUUAGUGGCUUCAGCUUUCACAUUUAAACUGGGGUUUUUUUCCUUGUUGCAUCUAUCCUGCCUUGUUUGUAUUUUCAGUCUAAUACACUAAUACAGUAUCCUUAUUGUACAUGUAAUGUAUUUUUGCAAGCAGGUAACAGACUAGCAUACCUCAUGGUCUUUGUCAGUGUUAAAUGUGAUAGACUAGACGUGAUACUAAAGUCAUUUCCAAAGUGAAGGCCUUAUGCUGGUGUUUGGACUGCUCUGAGGCUCAAGGAAUGAAGACAUCUUACCAUAAAGCUCAGUAACUAGCAUUAAGUUUUGCUUAAACUGCAUGCACUACUCUGCAUGUAUGGAAACUUUGUAAACAGAGAUGAAAUAAAACAACAUGUUUAUUUUG